UCCAGUAUAGUAUAUAUUCACUGACGGGACGUUGGGGGACGUCAAGGAAUCAUAUUACGAAGGGAACGAACUGACGAACUACGAAGUAAUCCGUGCUAUGAGCAGGUAGAAGGAUCUCUCGAUCCUUCUACGGGCUACAGGGUCUGGUUUAGUCUAAGGUCUAGUCUAAACAUUCUGCAGAUAAAGGCGACGAUUGGAAUCCUUUAUCGUUUAUCUUUUUAAUUUUAUUGCGUGGUUUUUGUUGGCUUAUAUCAACAAACGAUUGCGUCACUCAGGUUUAGAGAGGGAAAAAGUCUAAUGUGAAGGAAGAUCCAGAUUUCACAUUUUCGCGAAAGAAAUCGAUUCCGACCAGCGAUAGUAGUGUAAGUGAUAUCUGGAUAAUGAACGCGAAAGGCAUGGUGUAGAUCAAUCAAGCUUCUUAUUCCGGCUUAUUAUCGUUACCGUCGCACGCGUCGCGAUGUCAGUGUGCGCGAAACGAGACGCGCGUUGCGUCAGUUGCGUGAGAAACGAAACGGAGAGUACGGAGACGAGAAAUCGUUGCUGCGAGCUUUUCGAGCACGUGACACACGAUUGUAAACAUCUGAAGCUGACGUUUUCAUGGAUCUUCGCGCAAAAACUACAAGGUUUACUUCAGGAUUCGAUCAGCGGCUACAUUUGCCGAGGAUGUCGCCGCGAAUCGUAUAAGCUGAAGGACAAUCUACAGAAACUAGGACUAUCAAAGCGGAAAAUACGAAAAGGACUGGUACAGCUAGCAAUCAAACCGUACGUGGUUCUUAGACGACUGUCAGUUUCCUUAUCUUGCGAAAACAACUUGUUGCAAUCAUCGCACAGUAGUAAUCAAAAUUUGCUUCCGUUCCACGAGGAAAAAACGGAAAGUGAACACAGAGAUGAUGCUAAAAAGAAGCGACGAGCAGGGAAUUUACAAGAUAUGUCUCAACAGUCCGACACACAAAUUCCAAGUGUUGUAGCUGGAACUGCAGCAUCGAUCGACGCAAAGGACGCUAGUGAAACUUGUCAAAGUAAAAUCCAGGAAUGUGAUUUAUCCAGAAGAGAAUCGUCAAACGGCACUAUACAGGAUUUUACUCCAAAACCAGAAAAGGAUUCUCAUAUCGAUGUUACAUCAACAGAUCGCAGAGAUAUUUCUGCGGAAAGAUCAGAUAUUGAAACAGCAUCUAGCUCUUCCUCGUUGAAAGACGAAUCGCUAAGAAAAGAAGAAACACAGAAUUUUGCUCACAAAAAAUAUCUUUUAUGGAAAAUUUUUUCUUGUUCCGAAAGUAAGACUGUCCCGAAAAAUAAAUCUAUUUCUAUUUCUGCAAAAGAGGAGAAUAUAUCCGUUAGCCAGGAAUGUUCUUCGUCAGGAACUAAAUCACUAGAUACAACUGUGCCGAUUCGAUUGAAGAAACGCCAUUUUGACUCUAGAAGGAACAUCGAUUCCUCAGAAGAUGACGAUAUUUUUGUAGGAGAGCAUAAGGAAAAGAAAAGAAGUAAAAUAGAAGUAAAGCAAGUAUUCACCUCAGCAAAAAACACUGUAAUUUCCACAAGCACCGAAAAAUACGAUGUUACGCACAAUGUUACACUAGACAAAAACAUAGAAGAUGUAGCAUCGUUAUGUAAACGUGGGAGUAUACCUAACAAUUUGAAGGAAAAUAUAGAAAGCAAAGUCUCGGCAAAAGAACACCACAUAGAGAAUUCUUCAUUAAUUGCCGAUACAGAAAACAGUAGCAAAAGUGCAGAAUCUAGCAAAGAUAUACCGUCCAUGGUUGAAAUAAAUUUAGAUGAAAAUGUUGAUUUAGCGCAAUACAAAAAUAUGCAAAAUUAUGUAACAUCAAAUUCGGAAUUGCCAAUCGCAUCUGCACAUGAAUCAACAUCGUACGAUGGCAAGGAAGACGGCUGUGACAUGUCGCAAAAUGUUGGAAAUUUAUUAUUAACAAGUAAUGAUAACGUUACGAAAGAUGAAAAGACAACUGAUCUGUUUUCAGUGACGACAUCGACAUCAGGAGGAAAUUCUUCGGAAAGAAGACAGGACGAAUAUUUUUCCACGCGAACGACAAAUUCGUCUAAAUCUUCAAGCAAUUCAAAUUACUACGAUGAUAAUCACGCGUCGGACAGUCAUUCAGCAGAUGACGAUAACAGUAGCGAUAUGGAAAUAGAAAUAAAAAUAAAAUCUAAAUUAAAAUUUCCGGUAUCGCGGAAGUUUUCACAAAGCUCUCUAAAAGAAACUUGGUCUCUCCUUGAUAAACUUCUUCAGAUGGAUCAUAAAACAUCUGAAAGGUCCAAGCGCAGGUGCACGAGUAGAAGCCCAGAAAAUAAUAUACCGUUAGAUAAUAAUGAAAAUGUUAUUGUUGAGACUGAAGGUUGUGAUUUCGUAUGUGAUUCUAAUCUUACUACUACUACUACUACUACUACUCCUACUACUACUACUACUACUACUACUACUACUACUACUACUACUACUACAACUACUACUACUAGUACUAAAGAUAAUGUAAAUAAUUCUCAACAACGACAAAAUUUUCAAGAGUAUCCAAUUUUAAACGAAAGUAGAAACGCGAUGGAUCUUAAUCAAAGAGGAAGGGAUGAAUGUCUAUCAAUGCAAUAUAUCAAUGCAAUAACAACUGAGAAUUGUCCUGAAUCAAAUAAAGUUGCGUGUGAUACGUCUGAUUUCGGAGCACAGCUACAAAAGACUCCCACGGACAACAAACAAAAGACUGAUGAAGAACAAAAUUCUCAAAAUAAUGCUACUUUAGAGGAAACUGGAAAUACGGGACAUAGUCGAGGAAAAGAGAACGAACAUAUAUCGUCUAUCAAGCGGAAGAAAACACAGAUGGCGACUGAAAACAGUUCUGGGUCAGUUAAAGCUGCAUACGACACUCUUAAUGUAAAAGGACUGUUCCUAAGGACUUCUUUGGAUAUGACACACAGCAAAGCACGAUCUAUUGAGAAGUUUAGUUAUCCAUACGUCGCGAAAUCUACGAGUCUCAAUGCAUCGGCUCCAUCAAACAGAGCAUGCUCAACAUUCUGUCAGUCAGAACCUCUUGAUUUAGCACCUUGUCAACCAGUACCUCUUCAAUUAACACCUCAACCAACGCGUCCUCAAUUAGUGCCUGCUCAAUUAACACUUCCUCAACCAACACGCCCUCAAUUAGCACCUCCUCAAACAACAUCUCUUCAAUUAGCACCUCAACCAACACGUCCUCAAUCAGCAUCUCUUCAAUUAGCACAUUCUCAACCGACACGUCCUCAACCGAUACAUCCUCAGGUUCAACCUCAACCUCAACUAGUACCUCCUUUAACACUCCCUCAAUCAACACACCCUCAAUUAGUUCCUGCUCAAUCAACACUCCCUCAACCAACACGUCCUCAAUUAGUACCUUCUCAAUUAACAUCUGAAUCAAUACGUUCUCAAUUAGUACCUCCUCAAUCGGUACCUUUUCAAUCAGCACUCCCUCAACCAACACGGUCUCAAUUAGUAUCUUCUAUAUUAACAUAUCAACUAACACAUCCUCAAUUACCUUCUCAAUUAACUUCUCAUUCAAUACGUCCUCAAUUAGCACCUCAAUCAACAUUCAAAUCGCCAUCAUAUAAUACCGCUCCUAGACAUACGUAUCUCUCACGCAGAGCAAAUGCACCAGUUGCACCGGUCGGGAUUAAUACUCCAAAUAUUAACCACGAUUUCACAAAUUUAAUACAAAUUACGGUAAAACGUAUCUGCGCCCACAUCGGAUACUGUCGCGAAUUUAUUCGAUCCAAGCGUCUAAGUAUGCAUACAAGAAGUACUUUCACAGAAUACGCACAACAAAUGUGUACGUAUAUAAAGCAAAUAGCCCAAGAUAUGAAACAGUUGAUGGUAUGGUUGUGCACGAACGAUGUUGAAUGUGCUAUAACUUUCGUCAAUCAAUAUAUGCAAAUAAAUCAACCAAUAACACUGAUGGAAUUUAACAGUUAUGCUGAUCUCAUACAAUCUUAUAUGAUUUAUAUCACACAAACCUUACAACAGAACAAUGCAAAAUCUAACGCAUCACAACAUUCGAACAUUGGCGCAUCAGUUCCGAAUACAUCAAUGCCGAGCGUUAACGCACAGCCAUUUUCGAGAGGUGCUUCAUAUCCAGAUGCAAAAGUGCCAAAUCGUGGCAAAUCCAUGCAAUAUUCGACAAUGCCAUGUCCGAUGCCAACGACCUCAAACGUCAAUCAGCAGCAAUUGUUUGGCAAUUCGGCUAAUUCUCCACAAGUACCACACUCGGGACAACCUAUGCCAAAUAUUCAUCAACAAUAUACAUGUCACGUACCGUCUGUGGUACCCUCACGUAUGCCGAAUGCUAAUCAGCAACAAUCAAUGCCGAGUGUUAACGCACAGCCAUUUUCGAGAGGUGCUCCAUAUCCAGAUGCAAAAGUGCCAAAUCGUGGCAAAUCCAUGCAGUAUUCGACAAUGCCACGUCCGGUGCCAACGACCUCAAAUGUCAACCAGCAGAAAUUAUUUGGCAAUUCGACUAAUUCUCUACAAGUACCACACUCGGGACAACCUAGGCCAAAUAAUCAUCAACAAUAUACAUGUGACGUACCAUCUGUGGCACCCUCACGUAUGCCGAAUGCUAAUCAGCAACAAUCUUUAGGAAAUACGAAUCAUUCGGUUCAAGGCCAUUAUAUGUCAUCGGCAGGUGUAUCGAAUGUUCAACAGGUUUUUGUAAAUACUAGUAACAUUUCAUCAUCGAAUACUAACGUACGCUGGUGUGGACCAGUAAAUCAAAGAAAUGCAAACGUGCCUCCUGCCCAAUCUUUGGAAAAAGCGCAAUACAAUCGUUACCUGAAUUCAAACGAGCUUUAUCAUACUUUUGUACCUCAAUCUGCGCAUUGCAAUAUGCAAACAUAUUCCGUUCAGAAUAUUCAGCCAGAUCAAAACGUACAGCAGAAAUUGCAAAAAAGUCAACGCUUGAUACUACCCAAGGAUACAUCUAUAUGUACAAUCGAUCUAACGACUAACGAAAUAUCGCAAAGUAUGUCACAAAACGUGCCGAAUAAAGGAAUAAAAAUUCCCAAGUCACAAAGUAAAGAUUGCAUGCAAAAGAAAGCAACGUCCAUGAAUCCGCAAGAUUUAUAUCAAGGAGCCUUGAGCGCAUGUAACGUAUCGCAAAAUACAUCUGGUACUGCUCCGAGAACUUCCACGCAGAGAGCAACUAUUUUGCAAAAUACGAUGUCUAAACUAUACUCGGAAAAAGAUAACACAUUAUUAAUUUUACCAAGAAGCAGAUAUGCACAAAAAAACGAUGCUAUGUUCUCAAUUAAAGAUCUUAAUUAUAAUUUUAAUCCGGCGGUUCUAACAGACAUUCAGAAAAUUAUAUUGCGUGAUCAAAUACGUUCGUAUUUCUACAUGUCGGACCAAUUGAAAUAUUCGCUUAAUGAGCAAGAAUUUAAUCAAAUACAUUAUGAGAGAUUAAAACUGUAUUACUUGUUUCAGAAUUUAAAAAAUUACCUACAAAACAUGAUAGAAAAAUCACAAACCACUGAGAAAUGUGUCGAAAAAGAUUCACAAAGCAGUACAUUACAAAACCGGUCAGUAUUACAAGAAAACACAAUGCAAACAUUCGUAGACAAGUUAGCGAAGAUUCAAUCUAAUCGAGAUAAUAAGAAUAGUUCAGCGUGUAAUAGGAAUUUAGAAAAGCAAUCUUCGGACCAAAGUAUUGAUUCGAAUAUUUCGAAAAAUUCGAGACCAACGGUGAUAAAGAAUAAUUUAGAAGAGCGAAAUGAAGAGUCAUUCUUUACGCCGGAGUUUGCGAUAGCUAAGGGACCACUUAUAAAAGACACAAGACUACAAGAGCAGAAUAAUGAUACACUAAUGAAAAAAUUCCAAAAAAGCUCAUUGGCUAAUAUGGAAAAACGGUCUGAGAGCUCAAAAGCAACGUCGCUAGGACGUUCAGAAGAGAAUAUGAUCACAGAAGUGUUUACCAAGAAUUCGGAAACAAAAACGCAAGAUAACGCAAAAAUUAACGAGUCUUUGAAAGCAUCGUGGCCAGGACAUACAAGGACACCAGAAGAGAAUUCUAUUACAGAGGUGUCUGCUAAGAAUUCGGAAACGGAAGCACAAGAUAACGCAAAAAUUAACGAGUCUUUAAAAACAGCAAGUUUAUUCGGCAAGCAAUUCCCCAAAUUAAGCUUUCUUGCACAACGUUCAUUGAAUUCAUUACAGGAUGCGUUAACUGAGAAAAUGGAAGAUCAACCAGAAAUUGCGAAGAGAUAUAAUGCAAACGAAAAAUCUAAUAAUGUGGGAACGGAAAGCAUACAUAAAACUUCUAACGUAGCAAUAUUAAAUAAUAGCGGAGGAAACGAUGCGACAUCACGAUCCCCAUAUAAUACAGAAGAUCAAAGUAAAGAAGUAUAUAAUGCCAGUAAUGAAAUAUCUAGUGAAAAAUUACAAGCUGGAAUGCGUGAUGAUGUCAACGAGAAUAUUGAAAUAUUAAAUUCCACAGAGAUACAGGCUGAUCCAUUGAAUACAUCGCGUGAUUCAUCUCCGACUUUAAACAACAUAUGGCGAUCGACAUCUCCAUUAAAAACAUCCGAAUCUACGGAAAUAUCACAGAUACAUACCACACACGAGAAACAUGCCGAAACAAUAUCAACGUAUUUAAAUGAACAGCAAGAAGAUUCUAUGGACAAACAAAGUAGUAAUUCUAGCGAAGAAACAUACGAUAGAGCAUCUGAUUCUGAUUCUGAUUCUGAUUCUGGGAAGCUGUAUAUUGAUGAAAGUGUGGGAGAAUCACAGGAGCAAGAGCAAUGUGAUAAGGUAUCGUGUUCUGAAAAAAAUAACUCAAGUAUGUCGCAAUGUUCAGUAUGGUCAAAAUGCGAUUCUACAGUAAAGCCAUUAUCUGUUCUGAAAAACAUGGUAGCUGAUUCAUCUCAAGAUUUUGUAACCGAAGCACAAAAUAUUGAAACACUUAACGAAGAACCAUUAGAAGUAAAUAAGAUACUGCUACAAGAAAUACCAUCAAAGUUUAAAGAUGAAUGGAACAUGGCGGAAAGUACGAUACAAUCGAUCGAUACCAUAAAAGAAUCUGAAGAUAUAAAAGAAGAUAGCAGGCAAUCGCUAUUAGAAGUAGAGGAGAUGCAUCUUGAGGAAAUGUCAUCGAAAUUUGAA